GUUUUUUUGCUGGCAUAGCCGGCGGUAAUUGGUCAUUCUCCUGUUUUUAUAUUUAUUUUCCUGAUUCGUUGCAUCCAUCAUGGGUGGUCGUGAUGCCAUGCAAGUGGAAGUUAAGGAUAUAGCCAAACUUUUUGAACAAGAUGGUUACCUGAAGCCUUUUGAACGUGAGAUACGCAGGCGUCAUGGCGUUCUUCAGGAUUGGCUUGGCAAGAUCAAGGACAGCGAGGGAGGCCUGGACCAAUUCUCACAGGCAUACAAAUAUUACGGUUUACAUUUUCAGCCGGAUAAUUCGGUUAUUGCCCGCGAAUGGGCUCCCGGAGCCAGAGAUGUUUAUCUAACGGGAGAUUUUAAUAACUGGCACUGGGAGGCACAUCCUUUUAAGAAACUGGACUAUGGCAAGUGGGAAUUGCAUUUGCCCGCUAAUGCAGAUGGAAGUCCCCCAAUUAAGCAUCUCAGUGAAAUUAAGGUGAUCAUACGCAAUCAAUCCGGGCAACUUCUGGACCGUCUAUCGCCAUGGGCUAAAUAUGUGGUCCAGCCACCAAAGGAGGCUAAUCAGGGCGUGAACUACAAACAAUAUGUUUGGCAACCGCCAGUUGCAGAACGCUAUCAACCUCAGCACAAACGUCCGGCCAGGCCUAAGUCGUUGAGAAUCUAUGAGUGCCAUGUGGGAAUAGCGUCGCAGGAGCCUCGAGUGGGCACCUAUGAUGAGUUUGCCGAUCGUAUAGUGCCGCGCAUCAAGAAACAGGGCUACAAUUGUAUCCAAGUUAUGGCCAUUAUGGAGCAUGCCUAUUACGCCAGCUUUGGCUAUCAGGUGACCAGUUUCUAUGCUGCCUCCAGCCGUUGUGGCAAUCCGGAGCAACUUAAACGCAUGAUCGAUGUGGCCCACGCAAAUGGUCUGUAUGUUUUGUUGGAUGUGGUGCACUCGCAUGCUUCCAAGAAUGUCCAGGACGGUUUGAACCAGUUUGAUGGGACCAAUAGCUGCUUCUUUCACGAUGGUCCAAAGGGAGAACAUUCGCUGUGGGACAGCAGACUUUUUAACUAUAUGGAGUAUGAGGUGUUGCGCUUCCUGUUGUCCAAUCUGCGUUGGUGGCACGACGAGUACAAUUUCGAUGGUUAUCGCUUUGAUGGUGUCACCUCUAUGCUGUACCAUUCACGUGGAAUUGGCGAGGGAUUCAGUGGUGAUUAUAAUGAAUACUUUGGCCUUAAUGUGGAUACGGAUUCUCUUAAUUACUUGGGUUUGGCCAAUCAUUUGCUGCAUACCCUCGAUCCGGAGAUUAUAACUAUAGCCGAGGACGUUUCCGGCAUGCCCACUCUGUGCCGCCCCGUCUCUGAAGGCGGAAUCGGUUUCGACUAUCGCCUGGGCAUGGCAAUCCCUGACAAAUGGAUUGAAUUGUUAAAGGAACAAUCCGACGAUGAGUGGAAUAUGGGUAACGUAGUGCACACUCUUACAAAUCGCCGCUGGAUGGAGAACACGGUGGCCUAUGCCGAAUCCCAUGAUCAAGCUCUGGUGGGAGACAAAACCAUUGCAUUCUGGCUAAUGGAUAAGGAAAUGUACACACAUAUGUCAACGCUUUCGGACUCCACGCUGAUUAUAGAUCGCGGUAUAGCCCUACAUAAAAUCAUACGUUUGAUCACGCAUGCGUUGGGUGGAGAGGCGUACUUGAACUUCAUGGGUAACGAAUUUGGGCAUCCCGAGUGGCUUGAUUUCCCACGUGUGGGCAAUAACGACUCUUACCAUUAUGCCCGUCGUCAAUGGAAUCUCGUCGAUGAUGAACUGCUGAAGUACAAGUAUCUUAACGAAUUCGAUCGUGCCAUGAAUCAACUAGAGGAACGUUUCGGUUGGCUGCAUUCCGGACCCGCCUAUGUUAGCUGGAAGCAUGAGGGUGACAAAAUAAUUGCUUUCGAGCGUGCCGGCUUGGUUUUCGUUUUCAAUUUCCAUCCGCAACAGAGUUUCACCGGCUACCGCGUCGGCACCAAUUGGGCCGGUACCUACCAGGCGGUUCUCUCAUCGGAUGAUCCACUUUUCGGUGGCCACAAUCGCAUUGAUACUCAAGGCAAGCAUCAUUCGAAUCCUGAAGGUUAUGCUGGUCGUUCGAAUUUUAUUGAAGUGUAUGCGCCAUCCCGUACAGCUGUCGUAUAUGCCAGAAUCAGUGAUUGAUAAUCUACUUGAUAUCCUAUGCUAGAGGAAUCAGUUUCCAAUUUGUUAGUUAUUAGUUUUGUUAAUGUUUAAUGGAGGAUGUCUUCACCAGAAUCCUUGAAUUAUAUGAAUACGUACAUAUAUGA